AUGCAUCUCAAGAAGUCCGUCGUCUUCGCCGGAGUGGCCAUGAUCCCUGUGGCCUGCGCCGUGCCCACGAAGCGAGCUACCGCCGAUACUGCCGAAUGGACGGAGCUUCACCGGGCUGCGCAACUUGCCUCUGCCGCAUACACCGGCUGUAUCGGCACCGCAUUCGAUGUGACCAUCACGAAGCAGCUGAACGAUCUGGUCACAGACACUCAGGGCUUCAUUGGCUACUCCACAGAGAAGAAGCGCAUCACGGUUGCCAUGAGAGGCUCAACCAGCGCCACUGACAUCGCCAACGACGUUGACACGACAUUGGUGACUCCCAGCCUCUCCGGCAUCAACUUCCCAUCAGGCGCCCAGAUCAUGCAUGGCAUUUACUCGCCCUGGUCAUCGGUCCACGACACGGUCAUCUCCGAGGUCAAGACCCUAGUGGAGCAGUACCCGGACUAUGAUCUGGAAUCCACUGGCCACUCUCUGGGCGGGUCCCUGACGUACAUGUCGUACAUUGCGUUGGCGCAGAACUUCCCAGAGAAGACGGUCAUUAGCAAUGCGCUGGCCGCAUACCCGAUCGGCAACUCCGCCUUUGCUGAGUUUGGCACUUCGCAGAAUGGCACCUUGAAUCGGGGUAACAAUGCUGAUGAUGGUGUCCCGAACAUGUACAUCAUGUGGCCUUAUGACUUUGUCCACUACGGAACGGAAUACUACAGCUCCGGGACUCAGAGCAGCACGGUCAAGUGUAGCGGCGAGCGGGACACCCAGUGCUCAGCGGGCAACGGCCAGUUGGGUGUCACUGCAGGCCACUUUUCCAACUUUGGCAUUGCGAUGGGAAUGGCAGGUUGCAGCGCUUCGCUGUUGUAG